UCCAGCGGAACAAAAUUGGGCGAGAAAGGUUUGGGAGGUUCAUUUUGGCUUUUGCUAGCAUCCUCCCCAGAAUCAAAAUUCUCAUCGAACAAUGACGAACUUCCUGCUACGCGCCGCGAGUCGUGGUGGUUCCCUACGCGCCACCUUGACCAGACCAUUUUCCACCGAAGCAUUGGUCGAGGUCAAACCAGGCGAGAUCGGAUUGGUUUCUGGAAUCCCACAAGAACACCUUCGUAGGAGGGUUUUGAUUUACUCUCCUGCUAGAACUGCUGGUCAACAAGGAUCUGGGAAUGUUGGAAGAUGGAGGAUCAACUUCUUAUCAACCCAAAAGUGGGAAAAUCCACUGAUGGGGUGGACAUCCACCGGAGACCCAUACGCCCAUGUUGGUGAUUCUGCCUUGGAUUUUGAUACUGAAGCAGCAGCAAAGGAAUUUGCAGAGAGACAUGGUUGGGAAUAUGUGGUCAAGAAGCACCACACACCACUGCUGAAGGUUAAGUUAUAUGCUGACAACUUUAAAUGGAAGGGUCCACCCAAGACUGCUGAACAGUGAUUUAUUGUUUCUAUUGUUCAUGUGUUUUAUCUUCAGGAGUUUCUUAGUGAAGCAGUUUUCUCUGCAUCCUUUCCUGGGAAAGAGAGAGUUAAAAUGUGAAUCUCUGAUUUAAAAUAAAUGGGAUUGAACUGCCUUUGUCUUA